GUAAUUCCUAAGUAUGGUUACAGAAGAGAACUCCAUUUAUUUAUAAUUGUACUAUAAUCAUGUUCCGUUCGAGAUCACUAUUAAAAGCUCCUUUCAUCUUUGACUACUACAACAACAACAACUACGAGGUGAAGAAGAUUUGGAGGUUUUUGUGAUUCGAUCUUAAAAUAUCUACUGCUUAGCAUCUUGUUACAAUGGCGCGAUCUUCAUUGGAUGAGAUGUCAGACACUGGUGCAUUUGUGAGAUCUGCUUCCACAUUCAGACAAUUCAUUUCAAGGGACCCAAAUUCCCAAUUUCCAGCAGAGUCAGGAAGGUAUCAUCUCUAUAUAUCAUAUGCUUGUCCUUGGGCUUCUAGGUGCCUUGCUUACUUGAAUAUCAAAGGACUUGAAAAAGCCAUCAGUUUCUCGUCAGUCAAACCCAUCUGGGGAAGAACUAAAGAAUCAGAUGAAUAUAUGGGAUGGGUUUUCCCUGAUUCAAAAACUGAGGUGCUAGGAGCUGAACCUGAUCUGUUGAAUGGAGCGAAGACUAUUAGGGAACUUUAUGAAAUUGCAAGUACAAACUACACUGGAAAGUUCACUGUUCCUGUUCUGUGGGAUAAGAAACUGAAGACAAUUGUUAACAACGAGAGUUCAGAGAUAAUCCGCAUGUUUAACACUGAAUUCAACAAUGUCGCAGAAAAUCCCACCUUGGACUUGUAUCCGACUGACUUGAAAGCCCAAAUUGAUGAAACUAAUGAGUGGAUAUACGAUGGUAUAAACAAUGGUGUUUAUAAGUGUGGGUUUGCGAAGAUGCAAGAACCAUACAAUGAUGCUGCAAGACAAUUGUAUGAAGCUUUGGACAAAUGUGAGAAUAUACUAAGCAAGCAACGCUAUAUAUGUGGCAACACACUAACUGAAGCAGACAUUCGUUUGUUUGUCACUCUAAUUAGAUUUGAUGAGGUUUAUGCUGUUCACUUUAAGUGCAACAAGAAACUACUGCGGGAAUACCCAAAUCUCUUCAAUUAUACCAAAGACAUUUUCCAAAUUCCUGGCAUUAGUAGCACAGUGAACAUGGAACAUAUAAAGUUGCAUUACUAUGGAAGCCAUCCUUCUAUCAAUACAUAUGGGAUCGUUCCUGUGGGGCCAAAUAUUGAUUAUUCUGCUCCUCAUAACAGAGAAAGGUUUUCUUCUUAGGUUGUUUAUCUGUACAAUUGUAUGAGAUUUAUGGCCUAACUAGUUUGAGUAAAGGUGAUGUUAAUGUUGAUGUUAUAAGUGAUUUAUGACAAAUUUUAUGUAUCUUUAAGGGAUUGUUUUGUUGAAAUAUUGCAGAAACAGCCAUGCUUUUGAUUUUGAAAAUAAAGUGAGACAAAUGGGUGUGUUUAUACUUCUGAUGUUAGAAU